CAUAAAUUCAGGGGGAAAAGGCGCCAGUUUUCACGCGCUUGUCCAGAUCUGAUCUCCCUCUCCCUCUCCCUCCCUCCCUCCUUCUUCUGCUCUGCCGGAUCUCUGAGUUCUCCGUCCUUCAAUCUUUCUUUCCCCCGCCGUCCUAGCUUGAACUUCGAUGGGCACCAAUUCUGUGGAUUGUAUUGAUGCAUCCAAGGUCUCUCGUUAUUGUCAACAAGUUACUUCCAGUUUUGGGCCUAUUGUGGAGGGUGAGAACCUUCUGGGUGGGAAGCAAGUCACUGUGGUAUUUGUUCUUGGUGGUCCAGGUAGUGGAAAAGGCACACAGUGUGCGAACAUAGUUGAACACUUUGGGUUUACCCACCUUAGUGCUGGUGAUCUGCUUCGAGCAGAAAUUAAAUCUGGUUCAGAAAAUGGGACCAUGAUACAGAACAUGAUAAAGGAAGGUAAAAUUGUUCCCUCAGAGGUCACAAUUAAGCUCCUAGCACGAGCAAUGAAGGAAGACAAAAAUGACAAAUUUCUUAUUGAUGGCUUCCCUCGCAAUGAAGAGAACCGUUCUGCCUUUGAGAGAGUGACCAACAUCAAACCAGAAUUUGUAUUGUUCUUUGAAUGUCCUGAAGAAGAGAUGGAGAGGAGGCUUUUAAGCAGAAACCAGGGAAGAGAAGAUGACAACAUUGAGACAAUACGAAAGCGGUUCAAAGUUUUCUUAGAAUCUAGUUUACCAGUAAUUGAGUACUAUACCUCACUUGGGAAGGUCUUCAAGAUUGAUGCUGGAAGGCCCAAAGAGAAGGUUUUUGAGGAUCUCGAGUGUAUUUUUAGCCCAUACAGUUUGAAGGGAAAAGUCAAUGUUGAGAACAAUGUUGAGGACUGUGCCGAUGAGGUUAAGCAAAUCCAUCUAGUCUAGAGGCGCUUGAAGUGCAUAGUUUUUCAUUUGGGUGCAAUGAGGAGCAUCUUUCUAGGUGGUCAACGAUUACAGAACUGUCGGGCAUUUAUAUACUUUUUUUCUUUUUCUUUUUUUUUUUUGUGGACGAUGACUUGAAUUAGAGAACCGGUAUUCUAUUCAACCGGAUGGUAAGCCCUUCCGGAUUAAACAAUUUCUUCCACUAAUGUGAAGGUGGUUAGUGUUCAAAAAGUCACUCAAAUAUGAGAAUGGGUGCAUGGAUGUGUUAAACUUGAUAAGGAACUUAAUAAUAAGUGUUGGCAUGCUGUGGCA